GACCGUCCAAUCAACCCCCCACCUCGACGCCCUCCAACGCGACGGCUUCGUCGUCGUCCGCUCCCUCCUCUCCCCCGAAGAAGUCGCCCAGUUCCGCGCCGUAUCCACAAAAGCCACCACCCUGACCCGGGCAGGCCACUGGCCACACUUCCGUACCGUACCGAAGCAAUUCCCCCCCUGGCCGACAACGCCGCCUCCCGCCUCGGAGGGCGGCAUCUGGGGCGUCCAGCACCUCCUCCACCCUGAGAUGCCGGGCCGCUCCGAAUUCGCGCGCUUCUACUUCUCCGAGAAAGUGCUUGCCGUCGCAGAGGAACUCCUCGGCGUGAAGCGCACCGAGGGCGGCGAAGAGCCCCUGGUCAUGGAGCUAUUCAACCUACUGGUUGCGCCGGAGACGAAGGAUUUCAAGCUGCGCUGGCAUCGCGACGAUAUCGCCGAGACGGUGGGGCCGGAGGAGGAGCUGAAGUUGUUGGAGUCGAAGAGUCCGCAGGGGAAGCAGAGUCAUGCGCAAUAUAAUUUGGCACUUUGCCCUGAUGCAUCGCUUAUUGUUGUUCCUGGAUCGCAUCGGCGGGUGAGGACCGAGGCGGAGAGGAACGCGGAUCCUUAUGAGCCCAACAUGCCAAGUCAGUUGGUUGUGGAGCUGCAGCCUGGUGAUGCGGUUUUCUAUGAUAGCAAUAUUUUGCACCGCGGAGUGUAUCGGGGCAAGGCUGAGGGUGGGGAGGAGACCAGACUGACGCUGCAUGGCAGUAUUGGGCUGAAGGGGGUGUCUGGAAAUGAGGCGGAUAAGAAGGUGCGGGCUACGGCGGUUCUGCAGCAUGGCGUUGGGGCUUGGGUUCAUCGCGAUGAUGCUGCGUUUGGGGUUGGGGAGCGGGCGGAGAAGAUGAGGGCCAACUUGGUGGCUAUGGGUACUGGAGAGGGUGUGGGUUACUCUCUUCAGGGAUAG